AUGUCUGACAACCAUGCGCGAGCCUCUCCCACAGUCGAGGCCAUCGCCGGCUUCACUGCAGGCGUCGCAACGACGGUCGCCGUGCAUCCCCUGGAUCGCAAAGCUUCCUCCCCAACUGCCACAAGCGCUCUCACGAUCUUCCGGACGCUCAUCUCCAGCAAACAUCCCUUGCAAAGUCUCUACCGCGGGACCACUCCCAACCUGAUCGGAAAUGCCAGCUCCUGGUCCCUCUUCUUCUACUCCAAAUCGCUCGUCGAGCAGCAGCUCGCCAGCUUCCACGCGCGGCCCUCCCAACCCCUCUCCGACUCCGGCCACUCCCCCCUCCCGGACGACCCCAGAAGCGCGCUCACGCCGCUGGACUACUUCGUCGCCGCCUCCCUCUCGGGCGGCCUGACCUCCUUCAGCACCAACCCGAUCUGGGUGAUCAAGACCCGGAUGCUCGGCUCCGACCGCGGGGCCGCCGGCGCGUACAGCAGCAUCUGGCACGGCGCGCGGGAAGUCAUGAAGAACGAGGGCCUCCGGGGCUUCUACCGCGGCUUCGGCGUCAGCCUGCUGAACAACAGCCACGGCGCGGUGCAGUUCGCCGUCUACGACCCGCUGAGGAACAUGUGGAAGGCGUACUCGCGGGAGGAGAAGUUCGGGAACACGGCGACGAUGCUGAUCUCGGGCGCGGCGAAGAUCAUUGCAGGGACGGUCACGUACCCCUUCCAGGUGGUGAGGAGCCGCUCGCAGAUGAACGACGCGAGGAAUGUCUACGGGGAGGGCAUCACGGGCGUGGUGGCGAAGAUCUGGAAGGAGGAGGGCGCGAGCGGCUUCUACCGGGGCUUGGGCACGAGUGUGGUGAGGGUGUUGCCGGCAACGUGGGUUACGUUCCUGGUGUAUGAGAACGUCAAGUACUACCUGUCUCUUCUGGAACAGGCUCGGGACCAGGAAAUAGGCUCUUAG